UUGAGGAAAUGUUGUAGCGCUCAGAGGAGGCGAACAACGCACAGGUUUUCUUUGCUGCUGCCUUCGGAGCCAUGAGCAGAGCGCUUAUAUCGGACCAUAUCGACAAUAGCUUCCGAGAAGAUGCUCCCCGUCCCCCGGUCCCGGGGGAGGAGGGCGAGGUGCUGCCGUGCUACCCCGGAAAACUCGCCAUGAUGAGACCCCAGGGUACCGCGGUCAAAGCGCUUUUGCUCGCGCCUCCCGGUUACACUGCGAAGAGGAACGAGGAUGGACUUGGGGAACCCGAGGGGAGCGCGUCACCGGAUUCGCCGCUAGCCCGGUGGACCAAGUCGUUGCAUUCUCUUCUUGGGGACCAAGACGGUGCUCAUCUUUUUAGGACAUUCCUGGAGCGCGAGAAAUGCGUCGACACUUUAGACUUUUGGUUCGCCUGUAAUGGUUUCAGGCAGAUGGACCUKAAGGAUACCAAAACGCUGCGAGUCGCCAAAGCUAUURACAAGCGCUAUAUUGACACCAGCAGCAUAGUUGCCAAGCAGCUCAAGCCUGCGACCAAAACCUUCAUUCGGGAUAAUAUCAAGAAGCAACAGAUUGAUUCGGCUAUGUUCGACCAGGCYCAGACCGAGAUCCAGACCAGCAUGGAGGAGAGCCCCUACCAGAUGUUCUUGACCUCGGACAUUUACCUCGAGUAUGUGAGGAGCGGGGGCGAGAACCCUGCUCAUGUGAACCCUAACGGGCUAGGUAGCCUGAAGCUGGUGUGUGGGUACCUGCCCACCCUGAAUGAGGAAGAGGAGUGGAGUUGUAAUGAUUUCAAAGCCAAAGCGCUGGCUUCUGUGGUUGGACUUUCUUCCCAGGCGCUGAGGGCAACAGUGUCUAUGAGGACGGUGGAGGUGAUGGAGAAGGGGUACAGGUCCCACAGGCGAGGGGACCCGGUCAACCCGUACCAUGUGGGCUCAUUUGCCCCAGCCACCAGCACCAACGACAGCGAGGUGUCCAGCGACGCCAUGACAGACGACUCCAUGUCCAUGACCGACAGCAGUGUAGAUGGCAUCCCUCCCUACAAGCUGGGCUCCAAGAAGCACAUGCAGAGAGAGAUGCAGCGCAACAUGAGGAUGAACAGCCAAGUCUCCCUACCUGCCUUCCCUGUAAGUGUACACACACACACACAAAUGUCAUAUUGCCCCACUUAUUAGUGCUUUUCAGUAGUGCAACAUCCAUUUCCAUGGUCUGUAUUCAGGUCUGCUGUUCUGUGUAUAGUACCACCAUCUCUAUUCAACAACUACAACAACAACAAAGAUCUGAGAGCAAAGCAGAUGUCAGUCCCCCCCACACACCACCCCUCGCUACCUUUGUAACCCACACCCCCGUUGGGUUCCUUGAAGUCUGCAGGAGUCUGUUUCUAAGCUGUUUAUCCGGUGCAUUCUAAAGACCAGUGUCUUCUCUUCACACACUGAUGAUGAAAAUAUACACAGAAUGGAGAGAUGGGGGAGAGCUCCCUCUCUCUCAGCUUUAUCUGUAGGCUCUACGAAUCAAUGCCGGCUUCCUCCACAU